AUGGCAGAAAUGGCAGAGACUAUAUUAGCACUGUACAAGAUUAUACCUGAAUACGUUCUUGGUAGUCUCCCAGUCAUUGCAAUUAUGGGAGAUUCGCCCUAUCGUGUCUUGGAUGCCCUUUUGAUGGACUCUUUCACUCCCUCAACGUUGGAGUACACAAAUAACGAAGAAGAAACAAAUGACAAAGAAAUCACAAAAGGAACAGAUCGUCAUCCAAAAUACAGACCUUUUGGAUUUCAUGCAAUGAAACUAAAUAUAGAGAAAAAUAAGAUUAUAAAGGAAUAUGUGGUAUUAUGCACGGCAAAAGCAUCCGUGCUAGAAAGAUUAUCUUCAUUGGUUUCAGCAUAUUACAUUAUGAUCGGUUUAACGGCAAGAUUUUCCAUGGUUCAAGGAAAAAUAGUUUGUGAAGUCAAAGAUCCUAGCGAUGUUUUUGACAAGAUACAAAUUAUUGUGGAUAACGAUCCUAAAGAUAAACUUAAAUUUCAUAAAUGUGUAACCAUUACGAUAAUUAAUAGUUUAUCCUUGGAUGAUAGUACUUAUCGUCUACUUUACACCCCUG